AUGGAAACAGAGGCAGAUGACACCGAGGUUUCGGCCUCGAACAGGGAAGAAGACUACAGCAGAGAGGAAAUGGAACAGUCGAGGCCGGAUAUAGAAGAAGAAGAAGGUGGCGAAGAGGAAGCUUCCAGAAUAGAUUACUCAAUAUCAGAAGCAAGUGAUUACACAAAGCUGAAAAAAAAAGAACCAAAGAAAAUCAAGGAUCCACUUGAAGCUCUGGUUGAAAGAAUUAAGAAAAUAACAAUAUUAUUUGAUUUAGAAGAAAAAGAUUGGAAUCAUAAAGUAUAUUCUAAAAUAAAGAAAUUCAUCACUAAAGAGGACGAAUUUUUGUUAACAAUCUACUUUGAAGAUGACAUUUUGAAGGCAAAAUUGGGUUUCCCAACUUGCAGGUUCAUGGACAUACAGUAUUUCGCGAGGCUUCAUAAGAAAGUGGAAAUUACUGGAGAGAAUUUUCUGGACAACGUCAUGUUUGGAACAUUGGACGAGUACCCUGAGAGAUCAAUAGCUACUUUAUUGGAAACCGUCUAUUAUCCAGGUUUCUUUCAUAUCAAAGAAUGGCCUGAUGAACUCAAAAUGGAAGUGCGCCAGGCUUAUCAUGAAUAUUUGAACCAGUUGACGGAAAUUCAUUUCAAUUUGAUGGGUCUCACAGGCUUGUAUGUCCCAAAAGAAGGACUAGAAGUGAACUUGAGAUCAGCUGUGAAAGACCAAUAUUUGAUUGCAAGGCUGGAAAGAGUUGUGCUCAUGUGGCAUACCGCUGUAAAAAAAGCUGCUAUAAAUGCAACCCCCGACACAUUGAUUGAAGGAUGUGUACCUCUGGAUGCUUACGAAUCUGCCCUCAAUCGAUAUGAAAAUCUUUGUGGAAUAUUAGAUCAGUUGCAAUCAGAGGGUGUUAACUAUAUCUGUGAUAUAUUGUUAACGGCUCAAUCACCUCACAUUCAGCCAUUUCUUGAACUGAAACCAGAAGUAAUAGAAGCCAAAGAAACAGCUCAAUCUAUCGCACAAUAUUUACAAGUUUUAGAAGCUCCGUGUAAACGGCUAGAUUCUGCUACAGAUCCUUUGGAAAUACCUCCCAUAAUCCCUGAAAUAUUAAAAGCAAUCAAAUUCGUUUGGGCAAGAUCACCUGCAUAUAAUGAAGAUAAGCAUUUGGAAAUGCUUUGUGUUUGCCUCAGUUAUCAUAUAGUAUCAAAGCUCAAAACAAUGGCAGAUUUCAAAGCUGUUUUCUGUUUAAAACCUUUAAGCGUUAUUGAAACUCUUCAAAAUAUGACUAUAUGUUAUGAAAAUGUGAAAAGGAUAUACAAAAAGGCUGUGGAUACCCAUAAUAGUUACCACAGAAGACCAUGGAAUGUAAAUCAGGAUUUGGUUUUUAAUAAAAUAAACACUGCCGAGGAAAGGUGCAAAGACAUGAUUGAACUAUGUUAUACCUUAGGGAUAUUUGGAAGGGUGAAUGAGCCAAAAGGAGAGAAAGAGUCUAUGUUACCAUAUUAUUGGACAAGAGACGAAGAAAUCUCCAGAAUCAUGGAUAAAGUCAAAAAAGAAUUUUGGAAACUGUUCGAAGAUGUUGAAGCCCGAAAAAAUAAAUUUCUAGAUGAGGAGUCUGAAGAAUGGCGAGAUGUAAUGAAAAAGUUCAGAGAUGGCAUUGCCGAUUUAGAAAUGUACACUGAAAAUGCAUUGCACCUUAUUAUUGACAAAAUAGACAAUAUAGAAGAAACCAUUGAUGUUCUCGUUCAAUUCAAAGACUACACCAAACGUCCGGCGCUAGUUCCAGCAUUUAUGAAAUGCUCUGAAAAAAUCCGCGACCUGUUUUAUGAUGAUGUAAAGAAAUACAAGAAGGACUUGACUAACAACGGAAAAAAUGUUUAUCUGUACAUGCCGAGGCAGAGUAGUCGUGUUGUCAACUUAGUUGUCAAACAAAAACGCUUGAUUCAAUUGUACCAGUUCAUUAAGACCGCUACUUGGCUUAUAGAACCUGAAAGGACUGAGAAAUAUGAAAAAGAAUAUGAGGACUUUGUUCAGGAUGUAGUUGAUUUCAGUAAAACGACUUACUUAGAAUGGUGCAAUAACCUAAAUGUCAAUAGAACACAGAUGUUAAGUCGGCCACUUUUUAAAAUGUGUGAAAAUGGCCUCCUUCUCAUCAACAUGGACAGGGAUCUUGUGAAGAAAUGCAGAGAUUGUAAAUUCUUUUCGCAAGUGAUGCCAAAUACUGACGCAAGGGCCGUGCCAUUGUUUGAUAUAUUCUUACAGAUCAGCUCGGUGUACCCUCACCUCUACAUGAUCGCGAUGGAUUAUAACUACAUUGUGACAAUGCUUACUAACGCUGAAAGGCUCCUCUUUAAAAUACAUUUCACAAAAAUGAGUAAAUUAAUGAAAGAUGGGUUUACUACAAGAUAUACAUGGGACUUGAAUGAAACACCCGAUACUAUGAAUUAUCUUCAUCAUUUACAACAGCAUAUAAACCAAUACCGAAGAUUUGCUGAUGAAUAUAAAGCAUGUAAUGAAGAAAUAUUUGCUAUAUGUAAGAAAAUUAGCCUUUCAUAUUUUUAUGACUUUCCACCAAAACAAAGUUUCCUAUUUCAAGAGUUGGAAGAUUACAUAGUUGACACAAAGGUCAACAAAAUUAAUGAAUUGAUUGUCCAUUACAAUAAAAUUUUUGAGCUUCUACUGGUGAUAUUUGAUGGAUUCGCAUAUAAUUUAAAAAGUAUGAAACCUGAAUGGGUCAAAUAUAUAUCCAGGAUUGAUUUAUUGUUACAAGAAGCCCUUCGGUGGUACGCUCGAAGGUCGAUGCAAAAGGCUCACGAUGGCUUCUUCGUCAGGACUCGUGGAUUCACUGCUCUGUCAAAAAACAUAUUUAUAUAUUGUAGCAUGGAUUUAAAGUCUACAAAGAUUAUUUAUGACCCAUCUUUCUUGGAGAUUGUAUGCUUAGUGAAAAAUUUGCUUGGAGAUUUAAUAAUUGAUCUUUCUUUUCUACCAAGAUUGGUUGAAAAAUUUGAAAUUAAUCUUCCAGAGAAAAGAAUACCUUAUUCAUCAGUAAUUGCUCGUGAUGAUUACUGUCGACAAACUCAAGUCAAAAUAGAAAAAGAAAUACACAGAUGUUAUGCAGAAGUAAAAAAUUAUGAAAAAGAAUGGGAACAGUAUCGCCAUGUUUGGUCAAUAGACAGAACAAAGUUUUUAGAAGAAUUUUCUAAAACCUAUCUUGUAGCUGAGCAGUUUAAAGAAGAAAUCACUAAGUACGUUAGAAUUGCUUUAUGUGUGAAACACAUUCAGAAACAUCAAACAAUACGAAUUCUCAAAUUGAAUUGUGAGGAUUUAAUUCAAAAAAUUAUCAAACAUUGCGCUGUUUGGCACAGGCGACUAUCUCAUCUUCUCAUGGUAACAACAGCCAACGAAAUAGAAUCGGCUUAUGAAUUCUGUCAUGUCAACUCUAAAAGGCUGCUUACACCUCCAAAGCAUUUAAGACAAAUUCCCAUUGCUACGUCUUUUCAUGAUAGAUUUGAUUUAGUCGUGGAUGUUCUUGAAAAUUCAUUUCCUGCUUUGGAUGAUAAACUAAAGUUUUUGUUUUCAUUACGAGAUGACAUCCCUGAAAUAAUGUCUAAAAGGCAUAAAGGUAUAAUGAAGGUAUGGAAGCAGUUGAAAAAGACAAAGCAAACCUCAUUGAAGAUUAUCGAUAAUUGUACGAUCAGUUUUAAGGAGAAAUUAGUCAAAGAUCAUCACUUGUUUGCUGAUGAAGUGAAGAAUUUGUUACAAAAAUUUGAAACUGAAGGCCCCUUUCAUCCAACUUUGGCAUCUCUAGAGGCUCUUGAGUGGUUGAAUAAUUUUGAAAAAGAAUUGACUGCUAUGAUGGCUAAAGAUAAAGAUUUUGAAGUUGAUUUAAAAUACGUAAAGUUACCUUAUGAGAAGAAGCCUGAAUUGGAUGAUCUGGAUGCUGAUUUAAAGAUUUUGAUGGAAGUAUGGUCUUUAACUAAAGAUUGGGAUGAUGCUUGGGAUGGUUACAAGACUAGUUUGUUUUGGUCUAUCAAACCAGAAGAGAUGGAAAUGUUUGCUCAAGAAGUGUGGAAGAAGUUUAACAAUAUGUUUAGGGAAUACAGGGAUAAAAAUUGGUCCAUCAUUGAGCACUCAAAGAAAAGAGUUGAAGCUUUCAAGCGUGUUUUGCCUCUUGUAACCGAUUUGAAAAAUCCCGCAUUGAGGCAAAGGCAUUGGGACAACAUUCGAACUGAAAUGAAAUCUACUUUUGAUGAAACAGCAGAUAACUUUACAUUAGAUUAUAUUAUCGGUAUACAAAUGCAGGACUUUGCAGAUUAUAUUCAUGAAAUUUCUAAUGGUGCCACUAUCGAGUUGAACAUUGAAAAUACGCUUCGUAAAAUUAGUGAUCAGUGGGCUGAGAUUGUGUUGCAAUUCAUCCCUCACAAAGAUAGAGGUUUGUACAAGCUAAUCGGCGUUGACGAAAUAUUUCAAGCUUUAGAAGAUAAUCAAACUUCAAUUAGUUCAAUGAAAACAACACGUUAUGUUCAAAUAUUCUUGAAUGAAGUUAAUUACUGGGAAAAAGGUUUGGCCCUCGUGCAAGAAGUUUUAGAUAUGUCGCUCACCGUACAGAAGAUUUUCUUUUAUCUUGAGAAUAUUUUUUUUGGUGAAGAUAUAAGAAGACAGCUUCCGAGAGAGGCCAAUGACUUUGAUAAACUUACGUAUAUUUGGCGUACAGUCACGUUAAAUCUACAGGCUGAUAAGAACUGCUAUAAAGCUUGCCAUUAUCCAGGAAUACUUAACACUUUGAAGCAAAUGUAUGUCAAAAUGGAAGAAAUUCAGAAAUCAUUAGAUCAAUACAUUGAAACUAAACGUCACAUAUUCCCAAGAUUUUAUUUCUUAUCGAAUGAAGCUCUACUUGAUCUUUUAGGAAAUUCUAAAAAUUUAGAUCUUGUUCAACCGUACAUAAAAAGUUGUUUUGACAAUUUAUAUAAGAUUAAUAUGGUUGAAAACGCUUCUUACAAUGAGACAGAUGGUAUCGGUAUGUUCUCUGUUGAAGGAGAAUAUGUUGCAUGGUUACGACCAAUUGUGUUAGCUGGCCCAGUUGAAUGUUGGCUUUGUCUUGUUGAAACUGUGAUGAGAGACACGUUAAAAGAUUUGCUAUUUCACGUCACCCUCAAGUUAAAAAAAAUGCAAUUCAAGAGGGAUAAAUGGAUUGUGGAGAACCCUGGGCAAAUGUGUAUAACCGCGAGUCAGAUACGUUGGACGACAGAUUGCACUAAAGCACUCCUUUUAUCUCACAUCAGACUUAGUCCUGAACCAUUGAAGACUCUGAGAAAGACGCAGACAUAUUACCUCAACCAAUACUUAGAACUAAUUCGUGGAGACUUGGGAAAACUUCCGAGGCUGAAAAUUCAGGCAAUAGCUACUAUUGAAAUCCACGCACGAGAUGUGAUUGAUGCCAUGUUUAGGGCAAAAUGUAUGAAUGUAAGUGCCUUUGAAUGGCUGUCACAAUUGCGGUUCUAUUGGGACAAAGAUUUGUGCAUUUGUAACGUGAGGCAAACCAACACCCUCUUUCGCUAUGGAUAUGAAUAUUUGGGAAAUCCUGAUAGGCUCGCCAUCACUCCAUUAACCGACAGAUGCUACAUUACGCUGACAACAGCUUUACACCUGUAUAGAGGUGGAAGCCCGAAAGGGCCUGCUGGAACUGGAAAAACAGAAACUGUCAAAGACUUAGGGAAAGCUCUUUCCUAUUACGUAAUCGUCAUUAACUGUUCUGAAGGAUUGGAUUAUAAAAGCAUGGGGCGCAAUUUCUCUGGUUUUGCUCAAACUGGAGCUUGGGGUUGUUUUGAUGAGUUUAACCGAAUCAACAUUGAAGUGUUAUCCGUCGUCGCACAACAAAUAUUAUCAGUCCUCUCUGCGCUCUCUCAAAAAUUGAAAAACUUUAUCUUCGAAGGGUCAGUCAUCAAUUUAGUAAAGACUUGUGGCAUUUUCAUCACCAUGAAUCCAGGUUACGCUGGAAGAACUGAACUUCCUGACAAUCUUAAAUCAAUGUUCAGGCCUAUUUCUAUGAUGAUACCAGAUAGUAUGCUCAUUGCCGAAAUACGUCUCUUUGGUGAAGGUUUCAAGAGCACUCGUCCAUUGGCCAAAAAGGUAUUCACAUUGUUCUCGCUUGCGAAACAGCAGCUGAGUAAGCAGGAUCAUUAUGAUUUUGGUCUGAGGGGUAUGGUUGCUCUUUUGAGGUAUGCCGGAAAGAAGAGAAGGCAACAUCCUAAUUUGAAUGAUGAGGAAGUGGUACUCCUGGCCAUGAAGGACAUGAAUAUUGCUAAGCUAACUUCUGAUGACCUUCCGUUAUUCCUUGCGAUUACUCAGGAUCUAUUCCCGAAUGUUGUUGUACCUGCUAUAGAAUAUACUGAAUUCAAUGCUAUUCUUAAAGAAGUAUUUGACAUAGCUAAUUUACAGGAUAUUCCUAUUGGUUUCACCAAAGUGAUACAGCUAUAUGAAACUAAAGGAUCCAGGCACUCGGUGAUGAUAGUCGGGGCCACGGGUUCUGCCAAAUCUACAACUUGGAAAAUGUUAAAGGCUGCCCUCAACAUGAUGAAAAGCCGCAAUUAUCCUGGCUUUGAAUCUGCUCAGGAAUAUCUGAUAAACCCUAAAGCCUUGAACCUAGGAGAGCUGUACGGUGAAUAUAACUUAGCUACCGGUGAAUGGGCCGACGGGGUACUGUCCUCCAUUAUGAGGACUACAUGUGCUGAUGAAGUAAAAAGUGAAAAAUGGAUUUUGUUCGAUGGACCAGUGGACGCCGUUUGGAUAGAGAACAUGAACAGUGUCAUGGACGAUAACAAAGUAUUGACUUUGAUAAACAGCGACAGGAUUGUGAUGCCUGAACAGGUUUCCUUACUUUUUGAAGUUGGUGAUCUGACUGUUGCUUCUCCUGCUACUGUAUCAAGAUGCGGUAUGGUAUACAAUGAUUACAAAGAUUUUGGUUGGCGACCUUUUGCUCAUUGCUGGUUCAGACAGUUCAAUAGUGAACCAUACGUAAAUACAAUGAAGAUACUGUUCGAGAGGUACGUCGAUAAUAUACUGAGGAUAAAGCGUUUAAAUUGUGAAGAAGUAGUUAAAGUUCCUGAAAUUUGUGCUGUUAUUUCUCUUUGCCAUCUCAUGCAAAUAAUCGCUAAACCCGAAGAUGUUGCUAAAAUUUAUCCUCCUGAAUCAGAAGAUUAUGUAUAUGCAGCCAGAUUUUAUUUCUUCUUUUGUGCAGUAUGGACCUUAGCAGGAUCUUUGUCAGAGAAGGGGCGUGAAGUGAUGGACAACUUCAUACGAGAGCAAGAAUCUUCGUAUCCAUCUGAGGAAACUGUAUACGAAUAUUUUAUUGAUCAGAAGAGUCGGGGUUUUGUACACUGGCAAGAAAAAUUAUCAGACAAUUGGAGAUACGAUCCAGAGACUCCCUUUUGUAAAAUAUUUGUGCCAUCUAUUGACACCCUCCGGUAUACGUAUUUAACUAAUGCUCUGUUGUCAAAUAAUAUCCCAGUUUUGAUAACAGGUGGAGUUGGCACAGGGAAAACUUCAAACGCCACUUCUGUACUUGACGUCCUCGAUAAAGUAAAAUAUUCAGUAGUCACUAUCAAUUUAUCUGCUCAGACAUCUUCUGGCAACUUGCAAGAUUCUAUUAUUAACAGGCUUGAUAAAAGAACUAAAGGUAUCUACAUUCCCGCUGGAGGAAAGAUAAUGAUAACGUUUAUGGAUGACUUCAACAUGCCCGCCAAAGAGGUUUACGGUGCACAGCCUCCUCUUGAAUUGAUGAGGCAGUGGAUAGAUUACGGAUUUUGGUACAAUAGGCAAGAUCAAACCAAAAUGUUUUUAAAGGAUAUGCUUUUGAUGGCUGCUAUGGGACCGCCCGGUGGUGGUCGUAACAUGAUUACCGACCGCUUGUUGUCGCGUUUCUCCGUCAUCGCUGUCACAUUCCCUAACGAUGCUCAAAUACAGUCUAUAUUUACAACAAUGUUAAAACAACAUCUUUCAUACAAGGAAGAGCUUACAAGUCAUGCUGAAUCAAUCACAAUGGCUACUUUGAUUAUUUUUAAGAGAACAGUUUCAAAAAUGUUACCGACUCCCGCUAAGAUGCAUUAUUUAUUUAAUCUAAGGGAUAUUUCAAAGGUCUACCAGGGGCUGCUCCGCUCCGGUGUAGAUUAUCAGCCUACAAAACAUCAGCUGUUACGACUGUGGCUUCACGAGUGUUUUAGAGUUUUCAGCGACCGGUUGAUUAAUGAAACCGAUUUAGCUUGGUUUAAUGAACAAAUCGGCAACAUACUCAAUAGUUCAUUUGGUGUAUCUUUAUCCACACUAUGUGCAGGAAAUGGUUGCCCUAUCUUCUGUGAUUUUAUGAAUCAGUUCAAUAUGUAUGCUGAAGUUGACAGCGUUCAAAAACUUACAAGAACUAUCCAAAGGCAAAUGGAAGAAUACAACCAAACGCCAGGCGUUGUUCAUGUCAAUUUGGUCUUGUUCGAAGAAGCCAUCCAGCAUAUCUGCAGGGUAGCAAGAGUCGUUUCGCAACCCAGGGGCCAUAUUCUGUUGGUUGGAAUAGGCGGGAUCGGUAGAUCAUCAUUAGCCAGGCUAGGCGCUUGGCAAUGCCAAUAUAGAACGUAUCAAAUUCAGUUAACAAGAACUUACGGUGUUGGCGAGUUCAAAGAAGAUCUAAAAAAUAUUUACCAUACCACAGGAGUCAAAGAUAAUCCUUUGUCUUUUCUACUAGGAGAUAACCAAGUUGUGGAUGAAGCCUUUUUGGAAAUAAUGAACAAUGUAUUGAGCACCGGUGAGGUUGCUAAUCUUUAUAAACCAGACGAAUUUGAGGAGAUCAAAUCUAUUUUAUACGACAUAGUUGCAAAAGCGGGUAUAAUUCCGACGAAUGAAACUAUUUACAAUUUCUUGAUCGACAGAGUACGCUCAAACCUGCAUAUAGUGCUCUGUUUUAGUCCUGUUGGAGAACAAUUCAGAAUUCGGCUGAGGCAAUAUCCAUCUUUGAUAAGCUGUACCACGAUAGACUGGUUUCAAGAUUGGCCACGAGAAGCUCUGUUAGAAGUGGCCAAUCAGUUCAUGAAGGAAGUGGACACCAUAGCAACGAUUAAACGUAUCCCGCCAGAGGAAGAUGACAAAGAAAAAAGAAACCUAAGAAAGGAAGAAUUGAAGAAAAAUAUUUCUUCUAUGUGUGCUGUCAUUCAUGAUUCAGUCGUAGUGAUGUCGAAGAGAAUGUUGGUAGAUUUGAAAAGGCACAAUUAUGUCACCCUCAGCAAUUUUUUGGAGUUGGUUGCUGUCUACAAAUCUAAUUUGUCUGAGAAAAGAGAAGAAGUUUCAAGUCAAGCAAAAAAAUUAAGUGGUGGACUUCUAAAACUAAUUGAAACUCGCAUUGUAGUUGAGGAACUGUCAGCCGAAUUAAAGGUUGCUACUGCUGAAGUGGCUAAGUUAAAUGAAGAGUGUGAUAAAUUUUUGGAGAUAUUGAUGGUGCAAAAAACAGAAGUCGAUGAACAACAGAAAGGUGUCGAGAAGAAAACUGUGAUUAUAGAGGCGGAAGAAAAAGAAUGCAAAGAGCUCGCUGAUGUUGCUCUCGCGGACCUACAGAUGGCAAUGCCAGCGCUGGAAGCGGCCAUGAGGGCUUUGGAUGCCUUGAACAAAAAGGAUUUGACUGAGAUCAAGUCUUACGGCAGGCCGCCCCCGAAGGUAGAGAUGGUAAUGGAGGCAGUGAUGGUAUUACUUCAAGCGGAGCCAAGUUGGGCCGAGUCCAAAAGGCAACUCGGCGAUGUUAACUUCUUGAAUAGGCUGAAAUAUUUUGACAAAGAUCACAUACCCGACGCGGUUCUACGUAGUAUAGGAAGCUUAAUUAGGAAUCCUGACUUCGAUCCUGAUAAAGUGGGAAUAGUCUCGACUGCUGCAAAAUCUCUUUGUAUGUGGGUCAUAGCAAUUGAAAAAUAUGGAAAAAUAUUUAAAAUUGUGGCACCUAAAAAGGCUAAGCUCGACGAAGCUAUGUCAUCUUUAAAAGCUAAGCAAGCUAUUUUAGCCGAAGCACGUGGAAAAUUAAAUCAGUUGUUAGAGCUGAUGAAUAAUCUUCAAAAGGCUUACGAUGAAAAGAUGAAUCAAAAAGAAAUCCUUCGCUUGAGGGCUGAAGAACUGGAAAAUAAGCUGGACCGUGCUAGUAAGUUGGUGGAAGGCCUUCUCGGCGAAAAGGAGAGGUGGGAAAACACAAUCCUGGAACUGGAAGAGGCGUUCGACCUGCUCCUGGGAGACGUUCUGCUCGGGACUGCCUUUGUGUCCUACGUCGGCCCCUUUUUGUCCUCUUAUAGGGACGACUUAGUCUCCACCUGGAUCAACAAGGCCAAAAAUAUGAAUGUUCCAACAUCACCAAAGCUUAAUAUGGUCACCUUUCUUGUCAAACCGCCUGUAGUCAGAGAUUGGAAUAUUCAAGGGCUACCGACGGAUAACUUCAGCAUCGAAAAUGGCAUUAUCGUUACCCGCUGCGGUCGUUGGCCUCUUAUAAUAGAUCCCCAAUCGCAAGCGUGGAUUUGGAUAAAAAACAUGGAAAAGCCUAAUGGUUUGAAAAUUGUCGAUUUUGGAAUGUCAGACUAUAUGAAGAUAAUAGAAGUAGCCAUGGAACAUGGGAAUCCCGUUCUUCUACAAAAUAUUUCUGAAGUUUUAGAUCCUGCUGUUGCUCCAAUUCUUAAUAAGUCAUUAAGUGUCAAAGGUAAUUCAGUUUUCAUAACGCUCGGCGAUCGACUUGCUCCUUAUAACAAUAAAUUUAGAUUCUUUAUCACAACAAAGUUGGGAAAUCCUCAUUUCGCUCCAGAAGUUUGUACUAAAGCUACUCUAGUCAAUUUUGCCAUAAAGCGAGAAGGGUUGGAAGAACAGCUUCUGGGUAUAGUUGUUCGGGAAGAGAGGCCUUUGCUGGAAGAGCAGAAGAAUAAUUUGGUCAUGAGCAUUGCUCGUGGAAAAAAAACCUUAAUCGAGCUGGAAGAUACAUUAUUAAGGCUAUUGAGCGAAAGUCAAGGUCCAAUUUUAGAAAAUAUUGGACUCUUCAACACUUUGAAUGAUUCUAAAGAAACUGCAGAGCGGAUAGCGGAGCAACUCAAGACAGCCAUUGUCACAGAAAAAGAAAUCGAUGCUGCUCGUGAGGAAUACCGUAUAUGUGCUAAGAGAGCAUCCAUCUUAUUUUUUGUUUUGAAUGACAUGUCCCAAAUUGAUCCUAUGUAUCAAUUUUCCUUGGCAUUUUAUAUUGAUUUGUUUGAACAUUCGAUCCGUAAAUGUGCCAAAAGUGAUGAUAUUAAUGAACGUUUGGAAAUUUUGAAUACCUACCAUACAUAUGCCAUAUACAGGAACACUUGUCGAGGGCUGUUUGAGAGGCAUAAAUUGUUGUUUUCAUUUUACAUGUGCUUGAGAAUAUUAGAAGAUACUUUAAAUCAAGCAGAGUUUCAGUUUUUCCUGAAAGGAGGUGUGGUCUUGAAGGAAGGAGGAGGGGCAAUUAAUCCUGCAGCAGAAUGGCUGCCACCGGAAGCAUGGGACAAUUUGUUAGAACUUAAUAAAUUGUCUAACUUUAGUGGAUUUAUGCAGAAUUUUGUCAAAACUAUCAAAGAUUGGAAAGAUUGGUAUUUCAGCGAGUCUCCCGAAAAUACUGAUCUCCCUGGAGUAUGGAAUCAAAAACUUGAUCAGUUUCAGAAAAUGGUAGUUGUUCGAUGCUUAAGGCCCGAUCGUGUAUCAUUUUCUACUCUCAAUUUUGUUAGUAAGUACCUAGGUCAAGAAUUCACUGAGCCGCCUGUUCUCGACAUUAAGGCAGUCCUUGAAGAUUCCUCUGCUAAAUCUCCUUUGAUAUUUGUGCUAUCGCCUGGUGUGGACCCGACCGGUGCAUUGAUCCAGCUCGCUGAAGCUAAUAAGAUGACCUCAAAAUUUCAUUCCCUUUCUUUAGGGCAAGGUCAGUCUCCAGUAGCAACAAGGCUCAUUGAAGAAGGAAAGAAAUAUGGCUACUGGAUCUUCUUGGCAAAUUGUCAUUUGUCACUUUCUUGGAUGCCAGCCCUCGAUAAAAUUAUUGAGCUUUUGCAAAUGGAUCCAAAGCUCCAUCGUCGCUUUAGGUUGUGGCUGAGCUCAAGCCCCCAUCCUGAUUUCCCACUGUCAAUUUUGCAGACCUCAUUGAAAAUGACAACUGAACCGCCGAAGGGCCUGAAAGCAAACAUGAAGCGGUUGUAUAAUAUAAUAACAGAAGAGAGAUUCAGUGUCUGUCAUAAUCAAGCCAAAUAUAAAAAAUUGCUAUUUGGUUUGUGUUUUUUUCAUGCCGUACUCAUUGAAAGAAAGAAGUUUCAACAGCUUGGUUGGAACGUUGUCUACAGUUUCAAUGAUUCUGAUUUUGAGGUUUCAGAAAAUCUGUUGACUUUGUACUUGGACGAAUACCCUAUGACUCCAUGGGAUGCUUUGAAGUACCUGAUUGCGGGGGUUUGCUACGGUGGCCACGUCACUGACGAUUGGGACAGGAGGCUGUUGUUGACCUACAUAGACAGAUUUUUCAAUGAUGAAGCUUUGACUGUCCACCAAUUUAAGUUAUCAAGUAUUGACACUUAUUAUAUUCCGGCUGAUGGUGAGCUAAGUGUUUACAAAGAAUACAUCAAUUCUUUACCUCUUGUCGACAACCCUAUCGCUUUCGGGCAGCAUCCAAAUGCUGAUAUUAUGUCACUAAUUAUCGAAUCCAAAGCGAUGUGUGAAACUCUUCUUUCAUUGCAAGGUUCGGAAGGCGCAGGUGCAGCCGCCAAGAAUGUAGAAGAUGAGGUAAUGGCAUUGGCCAGCGAUAUUUUACAAAAGAUCCCUCACCAGAUAGAUUACGAAAGCACAGAAAAAGCGAUGGGAUAUUUCAAGAAACCACUGGAUGUUGUUCUUCUUCAAGAGAUUUCCCGUUAUAAUUCUUUGUUGAAAUCGAUGCGUCUUUCUCUAAUUAAUCUUCAAAAGGGAAUCCAAGGAGUAGUCGUUAUGGAUUCCGAAUUAGAAGAGAUUUUCACAUGUAUCAAUGAAGCCAGGAUUCCUAGUGCUUGGCUUAAAGCGUAUCCUUCGCUGAAGAAAUUAGGUCCUUGGACUCGUGACCUGGUGGCGAGGGUGUCGUUCUUUGCCGAUUGGGCCAAAACCAUCAGAUCUCCUGUAACUUUCUGUCUGGCUUACUUCACCUUUCCGACCGGCUUCCUCACCGCUGUACUACAGACAGCUGCCAGACGAAUGGUUAUAUCAAUUGAUACAUUACUUUGGGAAUUUGAACCUCAGAGAAAAGAUGUCCGUGAAAUCACUUCUGCUUCUUUGGAAGGUGUUUAUGUACGCGGAAUGUAUUUAGAAGGUGCUGGGUGGGAGUCUAUCACUAUGAAGUUGUGUGAACCGCAGCCCAUGGAACUUGUUCAUGAAAUGCCAGUUAUAUUAUUCAAGCCGAUUGUAGCUCGUAAAAAGAAAACAGUUGGUGUUUACGAAUGCCCAGUGUAUUAUUAUCCCCAACGAUGCGGCACUCAAGGCAGAGAGGCGUAUGUUGUAGCUGUCGACUUGGCCAUCUCGCGUGCCUCCAACCCUCAUUACUGGAUCAAACGUGGCACUGCUCUUCUUCUGUCGCUUGCUACAUAA